CGAGCACCACCCAUCCCGCUUGAUACACAAACACGAAUAAGAGGAGCUGAGGUUGUCCGCGGGGUUAGACAUUUCAGUGCGAGGGAAAAAGAAAUAGCAGAAGGCGUCACUGCAGUGGAGAAGAGCAAGUGCACGCCGCCGAACCGAGCGGAGCAGCGCACAAAAUGGACAGAAGAGGAGCGGCGAUCCCCGCUUAAGAUGCGCUCAAUAAAUGCUCAGAGACGAACAUCUAAAUAGAAACUAGAGAUACCGAACACACACACACACACGCCCACCCCCCUUCGCCGCUCACAGCGGACCGAAGUACAGAAAAUCGCGAGAGAGAGAGAGAGAAGCCGCAGCAGCUCCGACUCCCCUGAUCGCACCGAACCGGCGGCUUUUAAAUGCGAACGCAUAUGAAGGCAAACAGUCGCACACCCUCAGCCCGAUCGCAGCAAUGCGGCGACUGAACGCGGUGCCGUUCCGCAGGGGAAGGUGGUCGCAAUCAUCGGAGACUACAAGGCGCAGCAUCCAGCCGGGAAGAGGGAGGCUACGGCGGGGCGACCCAUUCUUCAACGGACCCCCACUUUCCAGCUCGAGCAUCUGAGGCCUCCAGUCAGGAAAUGGGAUGAAAAUGCGACGUCACAGAGUGUUCCUGUUGUGCACGGUUGGGCUCUGCGUCAUUUCGUUCCUGCACUACUACAAGACCCUGCAUUACAUGUCUUUCGUCCAGGGUAUCUCUGCUUCCUACCCAAACAUCAAAUCCUUCAUCAUGGGCUCCAGUCUCUUCUGGAAAGAGGGAGCCACACCGCUUUCCAGUGUUGACCCAGACGAAGCUCCAGAGGUUCUGCGCACCCCAUCCUAUGCUAGAAUGAACAUGUUUGCCUUCAGCGCUCGACCUCAGCAGCAACCACGCGCAGAUUUCCUACUGAAUAACAAAGCAAUGAAGGAGGACAACUGGAAUCCAGAUGUGAAAGAUCCACAAGCUGAUCUUAAUCAGGAAAGCAGAGGACAGCAGGCCCACCUCUUUGUGCACAACCAGAACCAGCCAUAUGUGAACAACCCAGAUUUUCCUGAAAACUCCAGAUAUGCAGACCGAAAUCUCAACAACCUCCUCAACUCCGUUUGGAGUUUGGAAACCGUUCAUAAGCAAAUGUUCAUCCUACAGGAUAAGCCCAAUCAUGACUUUAUCCGGACCAAGGCUGGGGCACUUUGCUUUCGCCAGGGAACUGAGAUUGCAGAGAGAGAUGGCAAAGUACCGCCAUCCCAGCGCUCCAGAGAGGACAAUAUGGCAAUGAAGGAUCCCCGGUUGAGAAGGGUUAUUCUGGCUGAAGGCCAGGAGCCCCCAACCAGGAAGCUACUCUUUGUUGAAGAGGAGGCAGGCCAUGCAGUAGCUGUGCCAAGACUGACAACCAAACUCAAGAGGGGAAAGCGUCUUGUCAAGUGUGUGUGCAGGCAAGGAUGGCACGGCCCCUACUGUGGCGUCCCCACCAUGGUACAGCACUCGACUCUGCCUACCAAAGAGAGGCUGACGCCUCGGGAGAUACCAAGGAGGGUCAUCAACGCUAUCAACGUCAACCAUGAGUUUGACCUUUUGCAUGUGCGUUUCCACGAGCUAGGUGACAUUGUCGAUGUGUUCUUGAUUUGUGAAUCCAACUUCACAGCCUAUGGGGACCACCGUCCCCUCCACUUCUUUGAACGCCUGAAAAAUGGCACUUAUGACUACAUUCGGCACAAGAUCUUGUACGUCUUCCUUGACCACUUCCCAGAAGGAGGCCGACAGGAUGGCUGGAUCGCAGAUGAUUAUCUUCGCACCUACCUGACCCGGAAUGGCAUCCAGAGGAUAAAAGGGUUGCGGCGGGAUGACGUCUUUGUGAUCAACGACGCUGAUGAAAUCCCGGCCCGAGAGGGCAUUCAGUUUCUGAAACUGUUUGAUGGUUGGACGGAACCAUUCGCCAUUCACAUGCGAAAAUCGCUUUACGGUUUCUUCUGGAAGCAGCCCGGUUCUCUGGAGGUUGUAUCCGGUUGCACAGUUGGCAUGCUGAAUGACGUCUAUGAAAACGAUGGAAUCAAACUCCGCAGGCGAGAGUAUUACACUAUGCCUGGCUUUCGCAGCUACGAGAACAACACAGGCCAUAUUUUAGUGCAGUGGUCCAUCGGUAGCCCGUUCCACUUUGCUGGCUGGCACUGCUCGUGGUGUUUUUCACCAGAAGGGAUCCUUUUCAAACUCACCUCGGCACAGAAUGGGGAUUUCCCCCGCUGGGGAGAUUAUGAAGACAAGAAGGACCUAAAUUACAUCAAGGACCUGAUUCGCACAGGGGGAUGGUUUGAUGGAACGGUACAGGAGUAUCCACUGGCGGACCCCAAGGAGCACAUGUACGCUCCUAAAUAUCUGCUAAACAAUUUCAAGAAAUACCAAUAUAUGCUUUUGAACCCUUACAGAAAAGACAGAGGUGGGUGAAAGAUGAUCGAGGCAAAGAAAAGGGAGACCCCCUUUUAAGAUAAAAUCAAAAAAAAAAACAAAAGCAAAACACACAACACACUAAAACUGAACAUUCCCACCUGAAGUAAAAUACCGGAAGGAAGAAACGGGGACUAGAAAAAAGGGGGGGGAAGAAAAAAAAAAUGGAGGAAAGGCAGGAGGAGUAAAGCACUUCAGAGCACAGUCUGGACACUCGCCUGCGAGGACGCAAAAUGGUUGAAUGUAAGGAACGACAGACGGUCACUUUUUUUUAUUUUUAUUUUUUUUUUUGUCUGUUGUUUGAGUAAGGAUGCCAAUUAUUUAUUUAUUGCUUAACAUUGUUUUGCUUCUCUUUACCCCCAUCCCGGUAAUGAACCAAUACCCCCCCGAAGUAUUAAAGGUAAUAUAUAAUUAA